UGUACAAUCGGGGAAGAGCUGCAACACACCACACCACACCACACCACUUGCUAUCCAUCGUCUUUGUUUGCAUGGACGAUCUCAUGAUCUCGUCUGAGCCGUCCUUGUUGUGUCACGUACUUUUGCCAAAGAGCCUAGAGAAGUACUGAUGUGCUGUACUUGCAGUGCUGUGCUGUACUUGCAGUGUUGUGCUGUAUGUCGUGCUGUACUUUUCAACAAUCGAUUUCCAUAUCCUACACACCUCUACCUCUACCUCUCUCUCUCUCUCUCUCUCUCUCUUCUCCACGCUUUGCCCGUACACCACUUCUGCUUGCUUGAAGUGUUCCAAGCAUCUGUGUACGCUCACUUUGCUCGUCCAAGACGGGAGGGAGAGGCAGAAGCAGAAAGAGAAGCAGAAGCAGAAUCAGUAGCAGUAGCACUAUCGCUGGCAGGCUAGGUGAGAGGGUAAAGGAUCA